AUGAGACAUACACAGCUCUCAUUGGUCACUUAUGCCAACUUGGACAGCUUAGAAAAGUACUUUGGGUUUCUUGAAAACACACUUGCAACCUAUGACUCAACUGCCGAUGUUUACAACGUGUUUCUUGAAGAGCUUUCUGUGAAUGGUUAUACAAACAUUGGACGUGUUUUGAUGGAAGAGAUUUUAGGGCAUGGCUGGAUCUUGAAUCAAGCAGCUUAUGACCACAUUAUAAGGGGGUUCCGUGAGGAGAAAAUAUUAAUUGAAGCCUUUAGGGAGAUGAUAUGCACUGAGAAAGCAACAUCAUAUCUUUCUGUCUACAGUGCUAUAGUUAAAGGUUUCUACAAGGAGGGCCUCUCAAUCCCAAGUUACCAUAAUCUUGGCUUGCUACUUGAUGAAGUAUCUUAUAAGUUUUUUGUGCAUGGCUACUUGAAGUUUAAAGAUAUCUCAAGAUCAGAGAAGGCUAUGAAGACUAUGAUUGACAAGGAUGAAAGACGAAAUAAUUGCAGCUUUGGAAGUAUAAUCAGACACCUUUGUAAUGAAGGGGAGCUUGAUAAAGCAUUGGAGAUAGUACUUGGGUCUUCUACUCAUGGUAGGCUUCAAGAAGCAGAAGAUUUUCUGGAUAGGAUAAAGCAUAAAUGCCUGAUACUUAAUAGCAUCUCCUAUGACUUCCUGCUUAAAGGAUUUUGUUAUUAUGGAAGACUGAACAAAGCAGUGGAUCUAAUGAAUAUAAUGGUGAUGAAAGGAAACAUUCCAAGCUCUUCCAGUUACGAUUUUGUCGUAGAGAGUCUUUGUGCAUGCAACGCUUUCGACCAAGCUCUUUUCCAUGCUGAGAUGUUGGACAGGAAACUUGAAUCAAGUGUAAAUACAUGGGAUGUUCUUGUCAGUGGACUUUGUAAAGAUGGUCGAACGGCCCAAGUGGAAAUGCUAUUGGAUUCCAUGCUUCAGUUUGGUCAAAGCCAAGCCAGAAAAUAUUUUGAGAUUCACUGGUCCCUCAAGCAAUCUAAGAAAUUCCCCAUUGCCAAUGAUGGUAGUGAAAGGGGUGGUUUUCUGUCAAAGCUUUUUUCAUGGAGUGGCUUUACUGGGAAGAAAGAUCCAACUGCUAGAAGGGGUUAG